GGUAUUCACGCGUAAGCAACACUGUGAUCCCGUGCAGCAUGACCGGAAGGGCUCAGGCCGGCGCGGCGAGCUUUCCGCUUCCGGCCGCCAUAUCCUUGGGGGAAUGCUUUCGUUUCGUGGUGCUUUGAAGUGCAGCAGCAGGCAUUGCAAUCUCAAGGACCUCGGCAAUCAUUUUAAUCAUGGUUAAUUGCGCUGUGUUCGGAUGCAACAACGAGUCGCGGCGGAAAACUGACUCUGCCAGACCUUAGAGAUCUCAACGAAGCGUCGAGCGGAAUGGUUUCGUCGCCUCUACCGGGGUGACAUUAAUACAGACGCUACCCACUACAAAGUCUGCAGCGAGCACUUCGUUUCUGGCAGGCCAUCCUACUUAAUGGAUCUGACGAACCCGGACUGGGCGCCUAGCUUGCACCUAGGGUAUGACACAAAGUCAACAACUCGAUCUGAAGAAAGGCACCAGCGACGUUGCAAGAGGGCUGCGACUCCAAAGGUGGUCCAAAAGGCCGAUAGCAGAGUGCUGCGACCCUUGACUACAAUGUUGAAUGCACAGCAGAGUGCUGUGAACAGUACUGUCACAAGUAAAAUGGCUGAUUCAUACAAGGGGAAUAUUUCCUUUAAUGACAUUCAGCGUCUUAACAUCUUUGUUUUUAUGCAGGCACACCACUUGCAAGUCCCAUUGCAGUACAAAAUGACCAAGGCAAUGAGUCACAUAUGUCUCAUGCAGUUAAUUGUUGCAUGAUUAGUCUUUCUGUCAAGAACAACCUCACUGCAGGUGGCCCAUCAUCUACCCCAUUUCUUGCAUUUCUUUGAGUUUGCAUGCAGUUAAUUGUUGCAUGAUUAGUCUUUCUGUCAAGAACAACCUCACUGCAGGUGGCCCAUCAUCUACCCCAUUUCUUGCAGUAAGCAGUGUCGCAUAUCCGACGGUCGCCCAGCAUGACCUAUUGGGUGCUUCUCUUUCUGGAGCUGUAGGCGCCUUAUUGUGUGUAUACAGGAUAUGUGCAGUUUUGAUGCGCCCGAGUUGUUGCAGAAACAAGGUUGAUGGUUGUGAAAUGCCAAUGAUAACACUUUAAUGCAGGCCCAACAAUGCUGCAACAAGUACCAGCUGCAACUGUACCACAAGAUGCUGAUACUGCAGCUGACAUAUUUCACCCACCAUCCAUGCCAUCACCUGAGGUAGGCAGGGCCCCAGUCUCAGCUGAAACUGAUUCUACUGCUGGAGCUGCAGUGGAUGGCGCAUCCUAUGUGAAGUUCUCUGAGGCUGGUGUUCAAGCUACCACUUCGACGGCUGAAGCUUCAGUGAACACCACGUCAUUGCUAAAGGACGCUGAAACCCAAACAGAUAUCACAAGCAGUGCAUUAAACAGCUUCGAAGGCGACAACCAGGCCCUACGUGCAGAGCUAAACGAAGUGAAGGGCUCUUUGCGUAGACUUCAGUUGUCUAAAGCUUCAUUGGAGCAAGACGACAAUCGUGUAAAAUUUUACACUGGCCUACCAAGCUACACAGUUUUGAUAGCGCUGUUCGCGCUUCUCGAGAGUGGUGUGUCGCACAGCGCAAACAAUGUGCUUACUAAGUUCGAAGAGCUUAUGCUCACACUUGUGAGGCUGCGACUAGGAGUGCCCUUGCAGGACCUGGCGUAUAGAUUUGAGGUCAGCCAAGCCACAGCAACACGAGUAGUCAACCGGUGGAUCGCGGCCAUGCAUGUACGACUAAAACAGCUGGUGGACUGGCCCAGUCGUGAACAAUUGCAGCAGACCAUGCCAAUGGCCUUCAGAAAAGCAUUUGGCACGAGUGUGGCAGUCAUUAUAGACUGCUUCGAGAUAUUCAUUGAGCGCCCUUCGUCAAUGCUCCCUAGGUCACAGACGUGGUCGCGGUAUAAGCACCACAACACGGCAAAAUAUCUGAUAGGAAUAGCACCUCAGGGAGCAAUCACUUUCAUUUCCAAAGGGUGGGGAGGCAGGACAAGCGACAAGCUUAUAACAGAGUCGAGUGGAAUGUUGAACCACCUUCUCCCAGGUGACACGGUGCUCGCCGACAGAGGAUUCACGAUUGGUGAUGCCGUAGGCAUUCAUCGUGCACGCCUUGAGGUUCCUGCAUUCACAAGGGGCAAACCUCAGCUAUCAGCCUGGGAGGUUGAAAAAACUAGGAAAAUUGCGAAUGUGCGCAUCCACGUGGAACGUGUGAUAGGUUUGCUGAGGCGAAAGUACAAAAUUCUUUCAAGCACCAUCCCUAUUGAUCUGCUAGCAGUGCGAAGCGAGGACACUCUAACACAACUUGACAAAAUUGUUGCGGUGUGUGCUGCGCUGACAAAUCUGAGCAAAUCGGUUGUGCCUGUUGACUGAUCUGGAUGCGCCAAAUCUAAAUUUUACUUAAAGGGGUUGAGACACCAAAUUUUGAGGGUAUAAAAGGCCUGCUGCAGGCUUCCUCUGUAUGAAAGGACACUCAACAUGAAGUGUUCGACACAGCAAACGUGUUAAAUAUAUUUUAAUUUGUUUCCAAAGAGUGCCUAAAUGCUCGUUCUCGCGAUCGAGACCCAUCGCUAGUGCGAUUAACACCGACGUCACUGUGUUGGAAGCGUAACGUGUUUUAGUGACGUCAUACCACAUUAGAGCGACGUACGAUGAGCGGUGACCCACAGCACGGGGCAAGCCUCGAGUCUAGAGUGCAGUAUAAGCUGCAUCGGACGAAAACGCAGUUGGAAUCGGAGCUGCCGCAGCUAGCGAUGGCAACUGUCGGCGUGGGUUCGUUUGCUUGCGCUGGUACAAAACGUGUGUGCGAGAGCAGACUAUGCAGCAGUGCGUGCGUCACAGCCUUGUGGGCCCACGUGACCAAGCUUCCUAGCCAGUGACGUCACUGUCCAACUCGGCGCCGAGAAACCGAAAUUGGUGCACAUAAAUAAUGCGAUAUUAAAUUAUUUACCGAGAAUAUAUGAUCCUUCCAGCGUGUAUCAUGCUUUAUGGAGCAAUAAGAAACGUUUGAAACAAACCGCGCAAGCCACAAAUUUGAUGUCUCAACCCCUUUAAAUGAAGGGGCCCUGCCACACCUAAGGAUGUGCCAUGUACUGCAACGGAAACAACUGCUGGUGUAAUGAAGCAGAGGCCGCCCCUGUGUAUGUGCCAACUGAAGAGGAAGACGAAGUAUCGUGCCGUGAUCGCGAGUGAGCCCCGUGCUACGAAAAGCCCUUGCAGUGCCUACCUUUACGUAACGUUAUUGCAACGUUAUCGGCAACAAUAAACCUCGUCGCACUGGAAAUAAAGUUAAUCUUUCCACCUAAA